GUCUUACCAACAAACAACAAACUUGAAUUCCAGAACCUCAAUUUUGCUUACAAAAAUACAAAAAGGUUUGGGCUUGGUAGAUUUUAUGGGACUCUAACAGUAGUACUGUAAGCAGUUGACAUUAUUGAUGAUAACGAAUUUGCACCCAAAAAGGACUCAGUUAUAGAAUUGCUGGAACCAUGGCAGAUUCGGAUUCUACAACUUUGGCUGCCCUCAAUUAUUACUGUCAAGAGAAGCUAUAUAAUCAUAUGCAAAUAGUCGCAACUGAAGCAAUCAAGAAGUAUGGCAAUGACCCUGUGCUUUUGUUUUACCGAGCCUUUAGCUUUGUUCUAGAAGGUCGUCUUUCCGAGGGCAUGCGAGAUUUGGAGUCACUGAAGGACAAAGCAGACGUUAAUAUCUGUUCCACCAUGGCUCUCAUGUACGCACACAAGCGCAUGAAAACUGUCGAUCGUGAAGCAGUACAAGAACUAGAUGCCAAGUUGAAAGAAGAGCGACGAUCAGCAGGAGAGAAGGGCUUAUUGUUUGGCGGCACUUUCCUCUGGCAUAGUGGUCGCCACGACAAAGCGAGAGAAUAUGUUGACAGAAUGCUCAAGGCUUCACCAUCUGCAAAAGAGGGUCUAAUUUUAAAAGGCUGGAUUGACCUUACCAGCGGAAGGGAAGCUGCAGUUAAGAAGUCUGGAAAAUAUUUUGACGAAGUAUUAAAAAACUCAAAAGAGCUUGCAGCGAUGCUUGGUAGAACACGUUUGCUGAUGAUGCGCUGUAACUUCAGCGGCGCCCUCGAUGUCGUAAAUCAAGCAGUGGUCUCGUUUCCUGGUAGUAUUCCAGCACUUAUUGAGAAGAUGCGUGUUCAGUUGGCGCAGGGCGACUGGGAGCAAGCCCUAGACACUGCCAAUAGAGCAUUAAAUCAAUCUACUCACUGCUUAGAAGCUGUCCGAAUCGAAGUGCUUUACCUGCUAAGUAAAGAGAGCAAUUCUGAAGCGGCUGUUUCAAAGUUGGGGGAACUUAUUGAGAAGCUGGACAGAUUUGAACCCAAGAACCCACAUGCGUACUUCAACAUGUCUUUAGCAUUCUGUAGGAUGUGUGGACGAAAUCCUGAGGUGUUGCAACAGACCAACACUUUAUUGGAGCGCACUUUGAGCUUAGAACCGAGUAAUGCAGAGUUUGCUACCGAGGCGGCGUAUGAACUCUUGCUCCAGAAUAAAACAAGAGAAGCGAUGAAAGGUUAUCGGCAUGCAAUGAAGCUGGAUGAAACAAGUGUUACUGCCCUCACAGGAAGUGAAUUGGGGGAAAUUAUUUAUUUGAGGGCAGUGUUAGCCAGCAAGAAAAACAAGCCAGCUGAAGAAGUUGUCAGUCUACUGAAUGAAGCAGUCGAAGUCCACUUUGUCAAGUUGAAAGGGAUCCCUCUCGGCCCAGACUACUUUGCUGCCCUCAACCCUGACUUCCUUCUUGAACUCACCACUGAAUAUAUGAAGUUUGCACCAACAGAGCCUCAAGCAUCAGGCCAGUCGGUGUCUCCAAUUCUAAAGCGAUGCUCAAUGGUCCUAGAACCCCUGACUAAGGCUUUACCAGGCCUGCUGGAGUCCCUCUUCUUGAUGGGUAAAGUGAGGUUUCUUUCUGGGCAGAUUGACCAGGCGCAGAGCAGUCUGCAGCAUUGUUUGGACCAGAACCCCCAGUAUGUAGAGGCCCACUUGUUAAUGGCUCAGAUUCACAUGCAACAAGGUAACUUCCAGCAGUCGUCUCAGUCACUAGAAAUGGCACUAAGUUACAGGUUUGAGGUACGCGAGAUGCCAAUUUACCACCUCAUCAAAGCCAAAACACUGAAGAAGAAAGGCGACUAUGAAGAAUGUGUGAAAACACUACAGGCUGCCAUGAACUUACCUGGUAUGCGCAAGAGAGGCGGGUCUGCAUCCAAGCGGGCGAGGCAGGUGAAACACCCUAUCAGCUCCAAUGACAGAGUGUCGGUGUACCUUGAACUGGUUGAGGCUUAUAGACUCACCAAUGCAACUCAUGAAGCUGCAAAGAUUAUGCAAGAUGCCAUUAAUGAGUUUAGUGGUACACCAGAAGAGAUUCGGAUCACAGUUGCUAAUGCUGACCUUGCCCUGAAACGGGGUGAUGUGGAGCACGCACUAACAAUGCUUAGGAAUGUCAAGCCAGAAAUGAGCUAUUAUGUUGAAGCAAGAGAGAAAAUGGCAGAAAUUUACCUUCAUCAUCGUAAAGACAAGCGCUUAUAUGCAAGCUGUUACAGAGAGCUUGUAGAGAAGCAUCCUAGCCCCCAUACAUCACUGCUAUUAGGUGACGCCUACAUGAGUAUUCAGGAGCCAGAGAAGGCCAUUGAGGUGUAUGAACAGGCACUGAAACGUAACCCAAGAGACAGCUCUCUGGCUAGCAAGAUUGGACAGGCUCUCGUCAAGACUCAUCAAUAUGGAAAGGCUAUAAAUUAUUAUGAAGCGGCUCUUAAAUCCGGGGGCCAAAGCUUCAUGCGCCAUGACUUAGGAGAGCUGUUGUUGAAGCUGAGGCAAUAUACCAAAGGAGAGAAAAUCCUCACCCAAGCAUUGGAACACGAUCCAUCAUCUGAUUUAGCUGUGAUGGUUGAUGAUGUAAAGCUGCUGAUUCUGCUUGCUAAGGUACAAGAGAAGAAUAACAAGUUGGAGAAUGCUUUACUAGCAUUGACCAAGGCAAGGGACAUGCAGGCAAGGGUUCUGAAGAGGGUCCAGGUGGAGCAGCCAGAUGCUUUACCAACACACAAACAACAGGCAUCAAGUAUAUGUGCUCAGAUUGCUAAGCAUCACAGCGACCAAAGAGAGUAUGAGAAAGCCAUCAAGCUGUACAAGGAAGCACUGGUCUACACAGAGAAUGAUGGCAAGGCCAUGCUUGAGCUGGCUAGGCUCUACCUGCUCCAAGAAGAUUUGGAUGCCUGCCAACAUCAACUGGUCCAACUUCUACAGAGUGAAACAGAAAACGAUGCUGCAACGGUGAUGAUGGCAGACUUGAUGUUCAGGAAAGGGGAGUACGACCAGGCUACUUUCCACUUCCAACACUUAUUGGAAAGGUCACCAGACCAUUAUGAGGCGCUGGAGAAGCUUGUUGAUCUGCUGCGUAGAGCUGGAAAGUUGGAAGACGUUCCUCGCUAUAUUGAAAUGGCAGAAUCAUCAUCAGCCAAAGCUACAAUGGAACCCGGCUUCAACUAUUGUAAAGCUUUAUAUGAAUGGCACACAGGGAAGGCAAAUGAUGCUCUCAAACACUUCAACAUGGCGAGGAAGGACACUGAUUGGGGGCAGAAGGCCAUUCAGAACAUGAUUGAGAUCUGUAUCAAUCCCGACAAUAACACGAUUGGUGGUGAGACUUUUGAGACGAUGGCCGAUGAUGUAGCGAGUGCUGCAGAGAAGGCAGACUCAGAGCAAAUGGCAGCGAGGACUGCAGACAAACUGGUCAGGGAGUUGAAGCCUCAACCAGGUUCUGAUAAACACCUGAUGUUGGAGAAUUAUGUCCUCAUGGCAACCAAAUCGAAAACAAACAUUGAAAAAGCUUUGGCAUCAUUCAUGGAGAUGGCAACAUCCGAGAGGGAAAACAUUGGAGCCUUGCUUGGUGUUGCUACGGCAUACAUGAUGAUGAAGCAAACUCCAAGAGCCAGAAACCAACUCAAACGAAUUGUCAGGAUGAACUGGGUGGCACCGGAUGCUGAGGAGUUGUGUAAGUCUUGUUGCAAGGCAUAUGAGUAUAUGGGAUUCAUCAUGGAGAAAGAACAGUCGUACAAAGAUGCUUCAGUCAAUUAUGAACGUGCUUGGAAUUUUAGCAACAAGAGUAGCCCUACAAUUGGAUAUAAGUUGGCAUUUAACUACAUGAAAGCGCGCCGCUACGUUGAUGCGAUCGAUAUCUGCCACCAAGUCUUAGCUGAUAAUCCAAACUACCCCCGUAUGAGAAAGGACAUUCUAGACAAAGCACGGGCUAGUCUACGAGUUUAGUCAUCUGUGUGGAGUUCUUAAUUUCUAGACAAAAUAUGUUUCACAUCAAACAAAUAGUAUAGUAACCUAUUAAGAUCUAUCCUCACUUAUCUAUCAAGUUUUAUCAGAAUAUCUGCGAUUUACCCAUGUAUAGGUGUGGUAUCAUAUGAUGUCUGUAUAUGAGCAAACCACAGAUGUUUGUCACAUAAAAUGUAAAGUGGACAGGCUCAACCAUGUGAUUCUCUUUAUAGUAGGAUUUUUAGACGAAAUGGAAAUCUUGUCCUUUUACAGGAUUUGAAUAUAGAAGCCUGUGAUUACACAGCAAACAUCUUAAUUACAAAUCUAUGGCUACAUUCUGCUUGAAUAUGUUGGAUGUGUUAUAUUUGAUGUAUGUAAACCUGGCUUGUCUUAUGCAGAUUCAGCAUGCAGUUAUUAAAUUACUUAAACAUUUUUUAAUUUGAUUAGCUGUGGCUAAAAGAACUGAGUAUUUUUUAUGCCUUUAUUUUUAUUUAUAAAUCACCUUGAUAUUUGUACAUAAAAAGUAAAAGAUUGGAGUAGCAUGUAAGUGGAAUUGUAAAGAAGAGAAUUUAAUUUUCUAUAGAGGGCGAACUGCCAUGAAAAUGUAAGAGUGAAUGAUGCAGAACAGUUUGAACAAGAUGAUGUUUUAGAUAUUACAGCAUAGUAUAUCACCAUGGAAAUUACAAUGCAGAAUAUGUAUGUCUGUGGCUCAAUAGUAGGACAUACACUUUAUCAAUCAACAGUUGUUAUAAAGUUUAAACUUAUUUAUGUAUGUGAAUAUUUAGCCUUUAUAACUAUAGUAUUAAUUAUAUGAAUUUUAGAAACAAUUCCAAUUUGGCAAUAUAUAAACUUUAAUUUUUUGUCGUACUUUUAGCAAUGAAGCUGAUGUCAGUUGUUUUUUUUUUCUGCAUAAUAAACACAUUUUACAGAAUUGUAAUUACCUUA